AAACUACUCGGACUGGGAGCUUUGGAGCAGCUCAUCAAGUCUUUUUCUUUCUGUUACCAAGCAUGGCUCCCAUCAAGCGCAAGGGUAAUGCCGCAGAGGAGGUAACGACCCGUCAACCUCAGAAGCGCGUACGAGUUGGCGCAGACGAUCACAAGGCAGAAAAGAAACAGAAGAAUGCCUCCGACGAUAGCAAGCCAAAGUCGGAUGCGCCAAAGGCCUCCGAGCUGUCAGUGCUGCGCGACGAUGAACCAUCUUUCCCUCGUGGUGGUGGCAGUGUCUUGACCCCUCUCGAGCGGAAACAGAUUCAAAUUCAAGCCACGAAAGACGUUCUAUUCGAACAGAAAGGUGCUAAGCCCUCUUCCGGCAAAUUUGAAGAUGGAGAGUUUGAGGAGGAUACGGAUAUGGAGGAUGCUGGAGAGGCGAAUGCAACCGCUGGUCAGAAGUCCCGCAAGAAGAAGGUUAAGGGAAAGAAGCAAGGGGAGAAGGAUGCGCAAGAGAAAGGCAUUCGGAUCGAGGGUCUUAACUUCAAGCGAAUUGUGCCUGGUAGCAUGGUCCUCGGUCAAGUCUCGAGUAUCAGCGCCCACAACAUCGGACUUUCGUUGCCCAACAACCUUACCGGUUAUGUGCCCCUAACCUCCAUGUCGCGGGUGCUGGAGGAGAAGAUUGAGAAACUCCUCAAGGAGGACGGUAGCGACGAGGAGGAUGAAGAGGAGGAGGAUGAAGAUGCUUUGGAUCUCCACAAAUACUUCUAUCUGGGACAAUAUCUGCGGGCAAACGUUGUCUCCGUUGGAAGUAAUGCUGCCGAUGCCAAUCCCAAGAACAGGCGGCGCAUAGAGCUUUCCGUGGAUCCCCGACAGGCGAACACCGGGCUCUCGAAAUCAGACCUUAUCGCCAAUGCUGCAGUUCAAGCUUCAGUUGUCAGCGUGGAAGAUCACGGUUUGAUCAUGGAUCUGGGCAUCGAGGGUGCUGAUGUCAAGGGUUUCAUGUCAUCGAAGGAAAUCGACCCUAAGACGGAUACUUCUACCAUCAAGGAAGGCUCGGUCUUUUUGUGUAUGGUGACUGGUCAGAACGCCAACGGCAGCGUCGUCAAGCUUUCGGCAAACCUUCAAUCUGCUGGAUCCAUCAAGAAGUCGCACUAUCUCAGCAAUGCCCCUACAAUCAGCUCUUUCCUUCCCGGUACCGCCGCAGAAAUCCUGUUGACCGAAGUGACAUCGACUGGAAUGGUUGGAAAGAUCAUGGGCAUGUUGGAUGCAACCGUGGAUUUUGUGCAGUCUGGAGCCAACACAGGAAAGGAAGACCUGAUCAAGAAGUAUCAGACCGGCGCAAAGAUCAAGGCCCGUUUGGUCUGUACCUUCCCUGCCUCUGAGCCCUUCAAGGUCGGAUUCACAUUGCUCGAUCAUGUUGCCAAGUUCGCAUUUGACAGCCACGGACCAGAUUCCGCCGGCGACGCACCCGCCAUUUCGGCCAUUCUUCCUGAGACCAAGGUCAUCCAAGUUGACCCUGGAAUGGGAGUCUACGUCCAGAUUGGAUCUACGAAACACAUCGGUUUCGUUCACGUCUCGAGGUUGGCCGAUGGCCAAGUGGAGAACAUUUCCGCCGAACAUGGUCCCUUCAGCCUGAACACCGUCCAUGAAGCCAGAGUCGUCGGCUAUAGCCACAUCGAUAACCUUUACCUGUUGUCUUUCGAGAGGAAGAUCAUUGAUCAGCCAUUCCUCCGACUCGAGGAUGUGACGGUGGGAGCGGUCGUCAAGGGAACGAUUGAGAAGCUCUUGAUUGGAGCCAAUGGCCUGGAUGGUCUCAUCGUCGUCCUCGCUGACGGGAUUACUGGACUUGUACCUUCUAUGCACUUCGCUGAUACCCUUCUUCAAUUUCCCGAGAAGAAAUUCCGCGAGGGUAUGACUGUUUCGGCAAGGAUCCUGUCCGUCAACUUGGAGAAGCGCCAGAUUCGGUUAACUCUCAAGAAGAGUCUGCUGAACAGCGAGUCCGCUAUCUGGAAGGACUAUAAGGACAUUACCCCGGGGUCCCAGUCUCCAGGUACCAUUGUCAGCAUCAAAUCUCAUGGUGCAGUGGUCCAAUUCUACGGUUCCAUCCGUGGUUUCCUCCCUGUCUCGGAGAUGAGUGAGGCCUACAUCAAGGAUCCUUCGCAGCAUUUCAGACAAGGUCAGGUUGUCAAUGUGCACGCGCUAAGCGUGGAUGACACGCUCGGAAAGCUUGUAGUGUCUUGCAAAGAUCCUUCGACUUUCACCGAGACCUACAAAGAGGCUUUUGAGAAGAUCCACCCUGGCUUGCUUGUUUCGGGCACCGUGUUCGAGAAAUCAAGUGACGACCUGCUCCUCAAACUGGAUGAAUACGGCCUUGUGGCUCGAUUGAACCUUGAACAUGUUAUCGACGGUUCUCCCUCGAAGCAAGCUUCGACCCUUUCCAAGAUUCGAGUCGGCCAGAAGCUCAACGAACUCCUUGUUCUCGACAUCCAGCGGGCCCACAGGCUGAUCAAGGUUACCGGCAGACAGUCCCUCAAGAAAGCCGCCAAGCAGGGCUCUAUGCCUGAAUCUUUCGAAGACCUCAAGGAAGGCGCUGAAGUUACUGGAUUUGUUCGCAACAUCACUCAGAAUGGUUUGUUUGUCGAAUUCAUGGGUGGUCUUAUUGGACUCGUUCCCAAGCGCCUCAUCGCCGAUGAGAAUGUCAACAAGCCGAGCUACGACAUGGUCAGAUCGCAGGUCGUCACUGCGACGGUCCACUCGCUCGAUACCGAUUUCAAGCGUUUCAUUCUGAGCAUGAAGCCUGCUGAGGCCACCCACGCUGGUCCUAAGAAGCCUGUUGCCAAGCCUGCUCCUACUAACGAUGCAGUCACAAACGCUAUCGAUGAAGGCAUUGCCUCGAUGUCAGACUUUACCUUCGGAAGAAUCGUCAAGUGCAAGGUCGUUUCCGUUCGCGCGACGCAAGUCAACGUCCAGCUUGCCGACAACAUCCAGGGUCGGAUCGAUGUUUCCGAAGUCUUCGACAAGUGGGAGGACAUCAAGGACCGCAAACAACCCCUUCGUCUCUUUCGUCCUAAGCAGCAGAUUGAGGCAAGGAUCCUGGGUGUCCACGACGCUCGGAACCACAAGUUCCUUCCCAUCAGCCACCGUACCGGAAAGUUCCCUGUCUUCGAACUUUCUGUCAAGCCAAGCUUCCUGCAGGCCAGCAACCCUAGCCCGCUGAACUUGGAACAGGUUCAGCCUGGCUCGUCCUGGGUGGGCUUUGUCAACAACAUCGCUGACAACUGCCUCUGGAUCAACUUGUCCCCCAACGUCCGCGGAAGGUUGCGCCUCAUGGAUGCUUCGGACGACCUCUCUCUUCUGGCCGAUGUGGAUAAGCAUUACCCCGUUGGAUCUGCCGUGAAGGUCCAUGUCACAGCAGUUGAUGCCGAGAAGGGUCGUCUCGACCUGUCGGCUAGACAACGCUCUGACAAGCUUUCUUUCGAUGACAUCACGACGGGCAUGAUUUUGCCCGGCAGAGUUACUAAGGUGACUGAGAGACAGGUCAUCCUGCAACUCAGCGACUCGAUCGUCGGUGCGAUUGACUUGAUCGACAUGGCAGAUGAUUACACCAAGGCCAACCCUACGGUCUACCAGAAGAACGAAGUUCUUCGUGCCUACGUUGUCAGCGUCGAUAAGGAAAAGAAGAAGAUCUCCCUUUCCACGCGUCCAUCGAAGGUUCUGAGCUCGUCGCUACCUGUGCAGGACAAGGAGAUCACUUCGAUCAAGGACCUUGAGGUCAACGAUGUUGUCCGCGGUUUCAUUCGCAGAGUCGCCGACAACGGUCUUUUCGUGACUGUUGGCCAUGGUGUCACUGCCUACGUUCGUGUCUCCGACCUUUCCGACUCCUAUCUCAAGGAGUGGAAGGACUCUUUCCAGAACGACCAGCUGGUCAAGGGCCGUGUUACUGUUGCCGAUCACGAGCAAGGCAAAUUGCAGAUGAGCUUGAAGGAGUCUGUUUUGGAUCCGAACUACAAGGCCCCGCUCACACUCCACGACCUCAAGCCUGGUCAGGUUGUUACGGGAAAGAUCCGCAAGGUGCAAGAAUUUGGUGCGUUCAUCGUCAUUGACGGCUCGGCCAACAUCAGUGGUCUUUGCCACCGCAGUGAAAUGGCUGAGAAGCGCGUUGACGACGCACGCACUCUCUACGAGGAGGGUGAUGCUGUCAAGGCGGUUAUCCUGAAGAUCGACCGUAAGCAGGAGAAGGUCUCUUUCGGUCUCAAGGCUUCGUAUUUCAACGAUGGUGACGACGAGGAUGAGGAUGAGGAUGAGGACAGCGACGAGGAUGGCGACGAGUCGGAGGGCGUCAGCCUCGAUGGCAUUGGUGGCGUUGACGUCGAAGACAGUGACGAGGACAGCGAUGUGUCCAUGGGUGGAGUUGAAGUCGACGAGGACGAGGAUGAUGAAAGUGAGAGCGAGGAUGAGUCAAUGGACGAGGCACCAUCCGCUCAACAAGGCGGACUUGGUGCACGCGGCUUCGACUGGAGCGGCAACUCCAAGGACACGGAGGAGGCGGCGCAGUCCGAUUCUGACUCAGAUGCCGAGACUCGCCCUAAGAAGAAGAAGAACCGCAAGCCCGAGAUCCAGGUUGACCGAACUGGCGACUUGGAUGCCAAUGGACCCCAGUCCGUGGCCGACUACGAGCGUCUGCUCCUUGGUGAGCCUGAUUCCUCUAUGCUUUGGCUGCAAUACAUGGCCUUCCAGUUGGAACUGGGUGAGGUUGAAAAGGCCAAGGAGAUUGCCGAGCGUGCCCUUCGUACCAUUACCAUUGGACAAGAUGCGGAGAAGCUGAACAUCUGGGUUGCCAUGCUUAACUUGGAAAACACCUACGGCACCGACGAUUCGCUGGAGGAGGUCUUCAAGCGCGCUUGUCAAUACAACGACACUCAGGAGGUUUACGAACGGUUGAUCAGCAUCUACAUCCAGUCCGGCAAGACCGAGAAAGCGGAUGAGCUCUUCCAGACUGCGCUCAAGAAGAAGGUCUCCAAUUCCUCAAAGUUCUUCGUCAACUAUGCCAGCUUCCUGUUCGACACGAUGGCUGAUGCUGAGCGUGGUCGCGCUCUGCUUCCGCGCGCCCUUCAAUCACUCCCCUCGCACACCCACGUGGAGACGACCUCCAAGUUCGCGCAGAUCGAGUUCCGCUCCGAGAACGGCGACGUCGAGCGCGGCCGGACAGUAUUUGAGGGUCUCCUGUCCUCGUUCCCCAAGCGGGUUGACCUGUGGAACAUCCUCUUGGAUCUGGAGAUCAAGCACGGCGAUGCCGAGCAGGUGCGCCGGUUGUUCGAGCGUGUGCUCGGCAUCCGGGAUACCAAGAAGGGCGGCCCGGCCAUCGAGGCCAGCAAGAAGGUGCGCCCCAAGCAGGCGCGCUUCUUCUUCAAGAAGUGGCUUGCUUUCGAGGACAAGCUUGGUAACGAGAAGAUGGUGGAGGAGGUCAAGGCCAAGGCCGCGGAUUACAUCAAGGCGGUACAGCAGGAGUAAAGUUAUGUAACUUUGAGGUUAUUUACACGGGCGACAUAAAGGAUUUGAAUCUCUGUAUAUACCAUCCCCAAAACAGAAAAGCAUUUUUGCAAUG